AUGAAAACCGAGCUCUGGUAUAACACCCUGGGGUGCUGCAGUCAACACCAAGAAAGUCCCCAGGAUGCUGAGGACUUCCUACUCCUGCUGCUGGGCCUCAUCAUUCUUGUGAACAUUGGGAUCAACGUGGCAACUGUGAUGUGGCAUGGGCUCCAGAAUGUCUUAGACAAGAUGAUCAUUUGGAUUAACCAGAAAAAUGAAACCUUGCAGGCUGGUGAAAGUUCCCCGAAAGAUGCCCCAGCCAAGGUCCAAGAUGUCCACAUUCACUGCACCCUGGACCCCGUAAAAGUGAAGAUGGCCCCGCCCACUUGCUGCUCCUCUUCCUCCUCCCGCCAUCUCGGAGACCGCAGGGGCUACCGCCCAAACCAGAACCACCCCUGCCACCGCUCCCCCUGCAACCACCAGCAGAAUCCAAAGAACCACAGACAGUUCUCCAACAAUUGGUCAGUCUUCCAUAGCCCACAACACAGACAGAAGAUGUCACAGCUGCGACCAAUGCCCUCUUUUGAUCAGGAGGACCUGGACUCCUUCCUGGAGGAGGAGGACAAGCUAUGCUUUCUACAUCCCAAGUACCCCCAGCGGCGCUGGGGAGGGCUCUACCAGCGAAUAGGGGCGCGCUCCAACCUGGGGCUGUGGGGCCGCCAGGGUGGGAUCCUGGCCAGCUUGCCACCACCCUCUCUCUACCUGUCACCUGAGCUGCGCCGCAUGCCCAAGCGCGUGGAGGCCAAGUCGGAGCUGAGGCUGCAGUCCUACAGGCCCCGCUGCUCACAGUCCCGCAUCUGGGGCAACGUGGAGGCUGAGCAGUGGACCUUGUCUCCACCACCUCCCCACCGGCUGCCCCCUAAUCCCACCUGGGUCCCUGGGGGACACAGCCCUUACCCCUCAAGGGGCCAGCUACUGUGUGACUCCUGGGACCAACGGCGGCGUGGUCUGGAGAGCUCUGAGCUUCCCCCUGCCCUGGUGCCCCGGAGCCCCCGGCCGGAGGCCCGGGAGCACUACUCCGCACAGUCCCACCGGCAGAGCGUCCCUGGCCAUGCUUAUAGCCAGCCCAAUCGCAGUCCCCACCCAUCCACGGGACACUUGAGCUGCACCUCCAAGGAUCCCCACGAGGUACGCCGCCGGGCCACCGAAUGGGCUGAGGCGCUGCCCGCUCGGCACCCCCUGACUACAUCCACCUCUCUCACUGUGUUGGGCGAGGUCUCCUAUCAACAGGCCCUAGCUCCCAGCUCAGCCCUGUUCCCCUACUCCGCCCAGCCCCUGCCCGAAGUCCAGGCUCCUGAGCCCACCCCACCCCCACACACCUUCAUGCCGCUCAGCCGGAGCCCGGGGGGCAAUGCCAACUACCAGGUGUAUGACAGCCUGGAGCUGAAGCGGCAGGUGCAGGAGAACAGAGCACGGGCCAGCUCACUGCCACCACCUUCCAGCUCAGCCUCAAGGCCCUCUUUGCACAGGAGCCGGGCGGGGAAACUCAACUAA